AUGCCGUCUACUAAAAGCAAGAACAUCAUUAUAACUGGCGGUGCGCGAGGCAUCGGUCGCUGCACAGCACGACACCUGCUUUCGUUGCCAGUAUCGCAUCGCGUUUUCAUCAUCGACUUUGAUGCGGACGAGCUCGAAUACGCAGUCAAUACACAUCUAGCCGCCUACGCACCACGUGUCAGCUCAUCGAUCACCAACCUCCGCAACCCGGAAGAAAUUCGCAGCGCAGUCGCCAAAGCCGCCGAAUUUUUCGGCGGUCGGAUAGAUGUGUUGGUCAACAAUGCCGGAGUCGCUCGAGGAUUCUUCAAUGCAGGAAACGGGACUAUGGAAGACAUUGCUACAGGAGAGCAAUGGGAAGCAUACAUUGCUACCAAUCUCAGCGCGCCCUUCUACAUGAGCCAGGCCGUCAUCCCUUUUAUGAAGAGCCAGAACACACAGAAAGACGGUACGCCAGGGGUUGAUCGAUCGAAGGAUCUGAAGCGCACGGAGGAGUUCAACCAGCUGCCACUGAACCUCCAUGGCGAGGACAAGUUGGAAGAGGGAGGCUGCAUCAUCAACGUUGCUUCCUUUCGCGCACAUCAGUCAGAUCCAGAUUGUGAAGGCUAUGCUGCAAGCAAAGGUGGCGUGUUGGCACUCACACAGGCCAUGUCUGUUUCAUGCCAGCGUUGGGGUAUCCGAGUCCUGGCUAUCUCGCCAGGCUGGGUUAGCGUACAGCACGAGUGUAAAGCUCGCGAUUUGCAGAUCAAGGAAAUGCAGAACGGAUCGUACAAAGAGGUCGCACCACAUGAGGAGGAAGCGGUGAAGCGAAGGAUGAAGGCUUGGGCGGAAGAUCUGGAUGAACUCUAUCACAAGCAACACCCAGCCGGCAGAGUGGGUAGGGGAGAAGAUCUCGCUGAGAUGGUUGAGUACGUCAUGGGUGCAGGCUUCUUGAGUGGACAGGAGUUGAUCUUGGACGGCGGUGCAAACCGGAGAAAGAAUCCCAAUAUCUGA